CUCCAAUUUCACUUAACUCAGAAAGAUUUACCAAUAUCAAUAACUAAAGUGUUACCAAUAUUUUGAAUAUGUUUUUGUUGAUGUAGCUGGUCUCUAAGCCCCAGCAGUUUGACGUGAUGGUGAUGCCUAAUCUCUAUGGAAAUGUGGUGAGCAAUGUGUGCGCUGGACUUGUUGGAGGUCCAGGUCUAGUACCAGGAGUCAACUACGGCAAGGACUACGCUGUUUUUGAGACCGCCACUAGGAACACUGGAAAAAAUAUUGCUAACAAUAAUAUUGCAAAUCCCACAGCCACACUGCUGGCCAGCUGCCUGAUGCUGGAUCACUUAAAGCUUCAUGCAUAUGCCAAGAUGAUUCGAAAGGCAGUUCUGAAAACUUUGUCUGAAACUCAGUUGCAGACUGCUGACUUGGGAGGUCAGGGUACUACAUCUGAGGUGGCCCACUCUAUUAUGCAGGAGAUCCAGAGAGGAGGACCAUGCACAUCAGAACAGAUCUGAACUUCAUUUCUGCAGGUCCUAGACCCUCACAGAGUACACAGAAACGAUCUUAUGCUUUUGAGAAACACAGGACACAUGGUGAAUUCUUUAAUGUAAAGAUGUAAGUUAGUGUGUUGAAAUGGUGUAUAUUUUUCUUUUGUAAUCUAUAUAUCUAGCGGUAUAAAUGUUUCUGAUGUUAUUUAUCCGUCAUGAUCAAGUUAAGGCCUUUAUCUAAACUGAACUGGACUGCUGUGUAUUUUAUUUCAUACCCAACAGGUUCUGUAUUGAGGUUUCCAUCUUAUUCAUUUAUUAUUUAUUGCCUGUUGUUAAUUGAUGAUGCACUUUCAUGAAUAAAUGUUCUAAAACUUCAUGCCUCAUCAUAAGACAUGUUCAAAAUUAAAUAGACAGUAUGAUGUAUGGACAAACAUUUUCCAAUAGGUGGCACUAAAACGCUGCACUUCAGCUUUAUCAAGUUUGGAUGCUUUUUGACAUUUAUG